AUGGCAAAUUAUCCGGUGACAGAAUAUGAUAUCAAUCUUUCGGUUCUUCAGCAAAAAGACCCAUACAUUGUAAGCAUUGCUGAUACAGCUUCUCAAGUUGCAGCAUAUUCAUUCAACAGUUCAACCAAUGGAUGGGAGAAAACCAACAUAGAAGGGACACUUUUUGUUUAUACAAGAUCAGCAAUUCCAGUCAAUGGUUUCAUGAUAAUAAAUCGUCUGCAUUUGCAAGAUUUGAUUGAACCAAUCAAUAAAAAUUUGGAGUUUCAGCUACAAGACCCAUUCCUUUUAUACAAAGAUUCUCGAAAUGAAUGUAAUAAGUUUUUUGAAUACUUUUCAGCCAUCUGUGGUAUCUGGUUUUAUGACAGAGAUGAGUGUGCUAGGAUUGGUCAACUCAUGAACAGGUUGUGUGUGAGGAGAGCAUCAGAGAGUGACACUAGCGUGGUCGAGAGGUUUUCUGGGGACAGCUUCAGUUCAAUUCAUGCUGCAUCAUCUCAAAAACAAAACAUUGACAUUUUACAGUUGCUGUCGAAGGCUCAAGAUGAAUACGACAAGGUAAAUUCAUAUGGAUCAGUGCGAUUCAACAUAAGUUAUACUUUUUUUUAUUUCAAAUUGGCAUUUAAAAUGGUAGCAUUAAUAAGAGGUGUUAUUUUAUAA